UCGGGCGUCCCGGCAGCAUCAGCCGCCCGACCCGGCCAGACCCGACCCCGCCGACCCCGCGCGCCGCCCGCCAUGCAGCCCCAAGCCCCCGGCCGCCGACACACCCCCCAGCGCGGCUACGCCGUGACCCGGAGCCCCCAUCUCAACAAGGACUUGGCUUUUACCCUGGAAGAGAGACAGCAGUUGAACAUUCAUGGAUUGUUGCCACCUUGCUUCAUCAGCCAGGAUAUCCAGGUCCUUAGAGUAAUUAAGAAUUUCGAGCAUCUGAACUCUGAUUUUGACAGGUAUCUUCUCUUAAUGGAUCUUCAAGAUAGAAAUGAAAAGCUCUUUUAUAGAGUGCUAACGUCUGACAUUGAGAAAUUCAUGCCUAUCGUUUAUACACCCACUGUGGGUCUGGCUUGCCAACAAUACAGUUUAGCAUUUCGGAAGCCGAGAGGUCUGUUUAUUAGUAUCCAUGAUCGAGGGCAUAUUGCUUCUGUUCUUAAUGCAUGGCCAGAAGAUGUCAUCAAGGCUAUUGUGGUGACUGACGGAGAGCGUAUUCUUGGCCUGGGAGACCUUGGCUGUAAUGGGAUGGGCAUCCCCGUGGGUAAACUGGCUCUGUAUACAGCUUGUGGAGGGAUGAAUCCUCAACAAUGUCUGCCUGUCAUGCUGGACGUGGGAACAGAAAAUGAGGAGUUACUUAAAGAUCCAUUGUACAUUGGACUCCGGCAGAGAAGAGUGAGAGGUCCUGAAUAUGAUGAUUUCUUGGAUGAAUUCAUGGAGGCAGUUUCUUCCAAGUAUGGCAUGAAUUGCCUUAUUCAGUUUGAAGAUUUUGCCAAUAUAAAUGCAUUUCGGCUCCUGAAAAAGUAUCAAAACCAGUACUGCACAUUCAAUGAUGAUAUUCAAGGAACGGCAUCUGUCGCAGUUGCUGGCAUCCUUGCAGCCCUUCGAAUAACCAAGAAUAAGCUGUCUGAUCAAACAGUACUAUUCCAAGGAGCUGGAGAGGCUGCCUUAGGGAUUGCACACUUGAUUGUUAUGGCCAUGGAGAAAGAAGGUUUACCAAAGGAGAAAGCCAUGAAGAAGAUAUGGUUGGUGGACUCGAAAGGAUUAAUAGUUAAGGGACGCGCUGCCUUAACACAAGAGAAAGAGGAAUUUGCCCAUGAACAUGAAGAAAUGAAGAACCUGGAAGCCAUUGUUCGAGAUAUAAAACCAACCACCCUCAUCGGAGUUGCUGCGAUUAGAGGUGCAUUCUCAGAGCAAAUUCUCAAAGACAUGGCAACCUUCAAUGAACGGCCUAUUAUUUUUGCUUUGAGUAAUCCAACUAGCAAAGCAGAAUGUACUGCAGAGCAGUGCUAUAAACUGACCAAGGGUCGUGCCAUUUUUGCCAGUGGCAGUCCUUUUGACCCUGUCACUCUCCCAAGUGGACAGACCCUAUAUCCUGGCCAAGGCAACAAUUCCUAUGUGUUUCCUGGAGUUGCUCUCGGUGUGGUGGCGUGUGGACUGAGGCAUAUCACGGAUAAGAUUUUUCUCACCAUUGCUGAGGCACAUGGGAUCCCAGCUCCCUGACCAGGGAUCGAACCCGUACCUCUGCAUUGGAAGGCGAAGUCUUAACCACUGGACCUCCAGGGAAGUCCCUCAAGUUCCUUUCAACUAAGCUUCUUCCUAGUAUUCAGUUUUUUGCCCUCACUUUUCUCUUUCCUUUUAAAGUCUACUUUCACAGAUCUCACACAUUCUCUUAUUUCCAUUAUCAUCAUUCUAAAAGGGGCCAAGUCUGUAUAUCCCUAUUCUUAUCUUUCACCACAUCUCCAGUGACCUGAUGGGUAUUUCCACCAAAAUGCCCUAUUUCCUUAAAUACGAUGUGGAAAGCCAUUUCUUCUCUCCCCUUGCCCUCAAUAUCCGCAUUUCUGUUCGUGACACCCUUUCUAAGCGGCACUGAAGCUUAGAAGCCUGAUGUUCUUUUUAUCCUCCCUCAACCCAAAGCCUUUAAACACACCAGGCAUGUGCACACCCAUGUAACUGUCCGAUGUACCAUCCUGCCUGGAAAACUCCGAGACUCAUUCUCCACCUGUCUAAGCCUAUCUUCAGGUCACGGCUUAAGUCCCACCUCGUCCUUGGGUCCUUUUGGGGCCUCUCUGACUCAUUUUGAUCUUUCUCCUUAGCCAUGGCUGUCUUUAGCAAACACUUCAUUUGAUUCCUAGCUGUAUUAUGCUCUCGAGAGUUUCACGUAUUGAACAAUCAAGUCUUGCCUUAUAUUUAAAUUGUAUGUUAUCUUCUCUGAAGACAGAAGGUCUCCCAUAUACUUCUUUCAAAACACCAGUAGCACUAGUGCAAUAUUAAAGCACGUAGCAGAAACUGAGUAAAUACUUAUUGAAUUAAAUAGAACUAGCAGUCAGUAGUAUUUAUUAGUGAGAAUAAAUACAACACCACAGACACACCUCUAGAAGGGGCAAAAAGAAGAAGGUUCUUGUCUAGAUUAUAUUUUGUAGUUAACAAAAGUAGCAUGUAGGAGAUCUAGGUGAAUGUUUUGUUUGCCCACCCCAAAUCUAGUAACUGUUAGGGUUAUUGUCAAAGUACUAAUUGGAUCUCUUACGGAACUAGUAAUCUCAUGGAUUGGCACCAAUCUCAAAGACUAUUCCUGCACAUUUUUAUAUCACAAAGAGAUUUUUGGAUUUCUCGGUCCUCUGGACAGUCUCUGGGACCUCUGAUGCUCCCUGGGGACAGCCCUGCUGGCCCUGCGUGGUCUGUGCAGCAGCCUGGAACAGUCUCCUCCCUCCUGUUCACAUCUGGGAGGCAAACCUGGGCCUCCUACCCUCACACCCUCCUCCUAAGUCACCUGCUCUGUGUUCUCUCAUUCUCCUUGCCCCCACCCUUUCUGCUAUCUGCCCAGAGAGCACUAGAGAGAUCCCCACUGACAGCAGCGUCUGGAGGAAACUGAUUCAUGUAAGUCACUGGAUAACUGAAAACCCAGGUAACUUUAACGUUGAUAUAAUAUUAUUAUCUAACGUAUAAUCCAAAUUCAAAUUUGCCAGUUAUCCAUAAAAAAGACCUUUAUAGCCUCUAGAUUACUCUUUUCAUCUGCAAGAGCAUUUCAGCCUUUCUGUUUCUUUUAUGGCAAUGACAUUUUGAAGAGUACAGGCCAGUUGUUUUUUACAAUGUUCCUCAUGAUUUAAGUUGUAUGGUUAGAGGGUUUGGUUUAGGUUUGCCUAAUAAUUGAAUCCUUCUCAGUGAAUCACAUCAGGAAGCACAUAAUGUCAAUUUGCCUCAUGUUUUUAAGCUACUUUAUUGAGGUGUGAUUGACAUAACAAAAAGCUAUAUAUCUUACAACUUGAUGAAUUUAGAGAUAAGUAAGUAUACACCUUUGAAACCAUCACCACAAUCCAUGCCAUACACAAAUCUAUCACCUCCAGAAGUUUUUUGUUUGUUUGUUUGUUUUUGUGGUAUGAGGGCCUCUCACUUUGUGGCCUCUCCCGUUACGGAGCACAGGCUCCGGACGCGCAGGCUCAGCGGCCGUGGCUCAUGGGCCAAGCUGCUCCGCGGCAUGUGGGACCUUCCCGGACCGGGGCACGAACCCGUGUCCCCUGCAUCAGCAGGCGGACUCUCAACCACUGCGCCGCCAGGGAAGCCCACCUCCAGAAGUUUUUUCCCACCCUCUUUGUUAUUAUUAUGAAUGUGUAUGUGAUAAGAAUACUUAACAUAAGAUCUACCCUUGUAGCCCAUUUUCAUGUCUACACUGUUUCCUUUAGAAAUAGGGACUGGUUUGGGGACAGCAAAGGCUGAGGCUACUUAGGCGAUUUGGAUAAUCCAGAGUCUGUAUCCUGCUCUGCCAUGUGAGUCGGAAAUAGCUCUCUCGGCCUCCUGCUCUACCUCCCGUGCAAGAGUAUGUGAGCUGGGAGCAAGGCCUGGCCAGCCUCUCCUCCUCUGUUUUCAGGGUCCUUUUCCAUCACUUUUCUCAUCCUCCUCUGCCUUUCUUACCCUUCUUCCCCCGUCCCUCUAGUGCAUCAAACAAGAAAGCCACCAGCAAUUCAUGGUACAGUAGAAAAGGAACUGGGUUAAGAGGGAACCCAGACACUCAUCCCCAUCUUUUUCACUAUUUGUCUUCCGCCACCAGUCACCAAACCUCUCUGAGCUCAGUUUUUCCACUGAGAAAGGGAGAGAUGCAAUUGGAUGAAGGCGUUAAUGGGAUCUGCUUUUAUCCACCACCAUUCACCAUUAUCCUCACAACUACCACAUUCUAUGUUAUGA